UUAAACCUGUCCGUCCACAUGCACGUCAUUUUAGUCCUGCUGCCUUGACUACAGUGAAAAGCUGUGAGUUUCGUAAGACCCACACAAUUGGAAACCUCUAGAUCUCCGUUCGGAGGUUGGUUAUUAAAGUAAACGGUCAACAUCAUGGUGACACUGACUGCGAUCGUCGCGCCUCUCGGUCGGCAGAUCCACAGGCAUCUGGUGAAGCAUGUCAGAAGCCAGCGCUGGAUACCAUCUCGGACAUGUAACUUGUCUGCAUGCUCCAGCAAAUUAGUUCUCAGUCGAGUGCAUCCGAUGUGGCAGGAGCCGCUCGACAUUCCUGGUGGAGAUCGCCAGUCGCCUAUUGACAUUGUGGUGCGUAAAAGCGUCUUUGAUCCACAGCUCAGACCUCUGAAGGUACAAUAUGACCCAAGGACCUGCCAGCAGAUCUGGAAUAAUGGCUACUCUUUUCUGGUUGAGUACGACGACACAACUGACAAAUCCACUCUGAAAGGAGGCCCAUUGGAGGAUCAGUUCAGACUGUGUCAGUUUCAUUUUCACUGGGGAGAGAACAACGCCUGGGGCUCUGAACACUCCAUAGACCGCCGCCUUUACCCUGCUGAGCUUCAUCUUGUUCACUGGAACUCGGACAAGUACAGUUUGUUUGAGGAGGCUGUUAUUGAGGAGAAUGGACUAGCUGUUAUUGCGGUCUUUCUGAAGAUUGGAAAGAGACACGAGGGUUUGCAGAAAUUGGUGGAUGCCUUGCCUGCAGUCAGGCACAAGGAUAGCGUGGUAGAGUUCACCAAGUUCGACCCUGCAUGUCUCCUCCCGGAGAAAAUCGAUGAUUAUUGGACAUAUGCAGGUUCUCUGACCACUCCUCCUCUUACUGAGGCGGUGACAUGGAUUGUGAUGAAACAGCACAUUGAAGUCAGUCAUGAUCAGGUAGGAGGCCGAUAUGUUUGGGGAAUGUGAAAUGUGGAAUUGUGGAAAUUAAGGGGAUAUUUUUUCCCUGAUAGCAAAUUUAACAGUACAACUGGCCAACUGAUCUUAUUAGAAUAGCUCAGCUUUUUCCAUAUUCCUAUGUGUCAGCUUGUUUAAAUGUUUCCUCCUAUAUAUUUUUUUCUUUCUUUCGAAA